UAUUUUUGUGUAUUUUAACUUGAUUUGGUGUUAUCCCAAAUCAUAAUAAGAAUUUAAAUAAUUAUUAAAAACCAUAUUCUAUUGUUUCGUAAAAACAAACAUUAUAAUUUUGACAAAAUGUCAAGCAACAAGUAUGUAAAAGAAAAACCGAGUUUAGACGAUUACAAAUGCGACCAAACAAUAAUUAUAAACAGAAAUUACUUAAAAUACGUGUAUGGUCUCAAUUACAAAGACCCAGAGAACAUACCACAGCAAUGCAAGAAAAGAUAUCCUUUUACGAAUUCGUAUUAUCGCCAUACGGAAUACGUGGACGCCCUGAAGAGGGUCACACAUACUCUUGACUGUAAAUAUUUCCUUGAAGCAUCGUCUACAGACUUGCUGAUCGAAAGAGAUAUCUCCGCGUCAGACCCGUAUUCGGAGAGGGAAGCCCAAAUACAGUAUUUAUCAAGAAAUCCUAUAUCGUUCUUGAUUUUGGGCAAACCGGGUAUUGGCGAACAAGAACUCGGAAGACUUUUGGCCGAACAUUGGAAUUGCGUUUACAUCGAUCCAGAAACGUUGGUUGUAGAAGAGAUCGAGUCCGGAAGUAGAGCGGGCAGAUGUAUCGAUUAUAAUUUACGUAGUGGCAGGGCCAUCAAUGUCGAUAUAAUUUUGAAACUGAUUGAAAAAAGGGUCAAAAGUAAAACAGCCAGGCACCGGGGAUUUGUAAUCUGCGGCUUCCCGUUAAUUCCUAACGAUCUCUACGAGGAAGAUCCGGUCUCUUCAGAGUCUGCGUUGUUCAACGUGCGCGAUAUUUUCGAAGACAUAAUCGAAGAAGUUAUAAAAGUUGAUGUGGUAGUUCCUGAGAUAGUGAAAGCGGUAAAAUUUAAAAGCGACGGUGGAGAAUCAGGCGAUGAUGAUGGUGACGACGAUGACGAUGAUGAAGGUGAUGUCGGCGAUAUAGAUCAUUUGUCGGAAAGCACAGUUGUAAUGCCAUCCAAGCAAGAACCACCGCCCGAUUACGGAUCGCUUUUAGGAUCUAUUUGCGCACCGCCUUAUCUCGAAAAAAAUUAUGAGCAACAAUUAGAUUUCAUAUUCAAUCUGUUUACGCCUCCCUUCCAAAUCAUCUACAUCUGCUGCGAUCACGCUGACGUUAUUUCGAGGCGCAACGCAAACAGAUUCGACAUUUACAACGGAGUGAUCGUAAACAAGCAAGACGAGGAGAUGGAACAGAUGUUUUUCGACAAUGUCUAUUUCCCUUUGAACCAGGAGGAUGUUCCGGAAGAUAUCUUUGCAGCUACCAAGCUGCGUCUCUUCAAUUAUCAAUCGACUUUUCCUCAGCAUUUAUUGAGGUUGCCCAGUGAUUUUCCUGCUAACGUUUCCGUUCAGUUGGGACGCUACUACACGUCUGCAAUGCCGAUAAUGGAAUGCUACAUUUUAGCCCACGACCCUGAAUAUUAUCUAAGAGUAGACGGACGUUUGACUCCUAGUGCAAUGUUCAGCGCAAUCAAAACGCGGAUUCGGAUAAUGCCGUUCCAGAAAGUAAUAGUUCCUGAAAAGAUUAUACAGCCUGAAUUGUAUUUUGGUGGCGAAAACGAACCAAUACCAGACGACGAAGAUUUCAAAGGUAUGACUCCUGAAGAUGUCUAUGACGAUUUUCGAAAAAGGAGGAUUGUAGCGCCUCUAUACAAGUGGACGUGGUCCGAUUGGAACUCGAAAUGUCCUGUUGCAAUGAAAGAGAGUGAAAUUAAAGAUGGUACAGCCGACCUUGCCGUGCAUUUCUUUAACAAGCUUUUCUUCUUGUCCACCGAGGACGCGGUGACGAAAUUCACCAGAAACCCGCGUCCUUUUCUUCUACCACCGUAUCCGAAACCGAGCUGCAGGAUAUUCGUAAUGGGUCCAAAAUGUUCUGGUAAGUCAGCCGUAUCAACGUGUCUAGCUUAUCUUCUGGACGGUAUCGUCAUCUCUCCCGAUCAACUAGUGGCCGAAUUCAAAGAACGAAAACGACAAGAGUAUCUAGACAGAGUAAGAGCGUCAGCUUUGACAGAAGGAAUAAAACUACUCGACGAACAGAGAGAAAGAGAAUAUGAAGAGGCUGAACGUCAGCGCUUCGAAGACAUCAAGGAAUUUCAAAUUUUUGUACAACCUCUUCUUAUUGGCCUCAUGGAAUACUACGACAUUCUUCCAAAAGAAGAGGAAGUCGAUUUAUCCGCUGACGCUCUGAAGGAUAUGUCUUCGUUUGCGAUAAAAAUCGCCCAGUCGGUAGAUAAUAGGCGACAAAGGGAAAUGGAGAGGAUAAAAGGGAUAAUUGACGAAUACGUAGAACAACUUACCGAAUUAAAUUUACCGUACACUUACGAGGAAUGCAACAGAUUAUUAGAGAAUCCAGAAGAGAUAAACAAUUAUUUACCCGAAUCGUUAGCUCAGCCCACGAAGAGACCUCCACCUUCUACUGUUUUAGAUCAGUUUGUAAUCGAUUAUGCCAACGACAUUGUAGACCACACAACAGCUAUAGAAUUUGAUGUUAGCGAACACGAAGCGUUCGGAAUUUAUGCCGAUGCAAUCAAAGCGAUCGAAGACAGAAACGAAUCCUUGGGAAAUAAUAGAGGAGGAUGGAUAAUCGAUGGCCUCUCUCUGAAUUUAAACCUCGUAGAAUUGUUUAAUCCUGACUACAUGGCCGACAACGUUUACAUCCUGAAAGAUGAACCGGACAAUACCUUCCUCAUGCAGAGAUUCGAAACGAGGGGCGCCAAUCAUUUCAGGCACUUCAGGGAGUUGUUUCUGAGCAUAGGAAAACCUGAUGCAGCUUUGAGAUCUCCCUCAACGAAAUCGACGGAUUCUUACAAAGUCAAAAUGGCCAGUUAUAUUUUGGAUGAAAUUCUGGACAGAGUUCAGACGGUAGGGGAGCUGACGGCAGAAGACGACGAAAGAAUUAAAGAAGAAUAUUUUAAGAAACAUCCACGUAGAGCAGAGGCAUCGGAUUACGCAAAGCAUGUUUUGGAAUUUGAAGAGAAAUUGAAAGAUAUUUUGGAAUUUUUUGAAUCGGCAAAAGUUCCCGUUACUAUACUCAAAGUCACUGACAAACCGUUAGAAUUCCUCCUCGUAGAGGCAAUUAAAAAUAUCGAGGAUCUCUUCAGAGUUUACGCCCAACAGAUGACGGAAGCAGAUCGCGAAGAAGAGUUACGCGACAUUUUAGGCGAACCUAUUGACGAAGACGAAGCCCUGGAAGAAGAGGAAGAAGAAGAAGAAGAAGGGGCAAAAGAAGGGGGAGAAGUGAACGAAGAAGACAUUUUCUUUGCGAAUCGUCGGUACGGCGAUACGUACUGGUUUUGUCCGUAUGUUUUCAAAAAUUACUUUGUUCUGUGGAGAGGAAGAGACGAAUACUGUGUAAAAUUUAUGAACAAGGUGUACCUACUGAGCAGCGAGGCUGCAAUGAGGAAAUUCAUAGACGACCCAAGGAAAUAUUUACCGUUGCGUUAUCCACCAAGGAAGUAUCCACCGCCGAGAAUAUGUAUCGUGGGUCCACACUCUAGUGGCAAAACCACUCUAGCGAGAACCCUCGCCAAAAAUUUCGGACUCUUCAACGUUUCUUUAGAUCGAAUCGUUCAGAAGGUAUCUCCCCUGGCAUACGAAGAAGAAGAAGGCCUGGAAGAGGAAGAGAACAAAGAAGACGAUGAAAUCAAACAGAUGGCGCACGUUCGCAACAAGGUGUUCGAAAAAAUAAAGAACUACUGGUUCGCAGAACCCUACAAGAGUUUCGGUUUUGUAUUGGACGCGUAUCCUGCCGAAAUGGACGACGCUAUGAACAUGCUUCAGAAUUUCCUUAUACCGGACGUGGUUCUGGAAAUGAAGAUAACCGAGGAAGAACUUCAUCAGCGAAUAAUUGACAAUAGAAUCGACCAGUGGCGAAAAGAACGAUACGAAAGCGUCCAAAGGCAAAACGAGGAGAUCAUUCGAAACUGGGAGAUGAACCGGGAAAGACGUAUAAAAGAACUGAUGAAGGAACGCCGGGAAAUCCGAUAUGAAGAAAAAUUAAGAGAAUUAGAAAGGCAGCAGGAGGCGGCAGAUGCUGAUACCGAUGCUGCUGGUGAAAAUGCAGCUUCGAAGUUACAGGAGACAGUCACAGAGAACGAUAGCGACGCAGUCCAUUCGAAAUCUCAAAUUAGCUACAAUUCAAUCGAGGAACAGGAAGACCUCGAUAUAGUUCUUCGGAUUGUUGCCGAAGAAAUUACCGAUCCCGUACUUGUUCCAGAACCGCAGGAAACAUUCGAAGAAAUAGUACAAAUCGUAACGCAAGAUAUCAUGGGAGCGUAUAGCAACGAAGUGCAACAGUUACAAAUGAUAAAGGAAGCGUUCGAAUCGCAAAUUAUUCCCUGGGUCGAUAUAGACGCAAAUCUAUCGCCAGACAAAGUUUUUGCACAGGCCGUACGAGCUGCAGAAGACAUAAAGCUCCGAAACCAGUCGCUUUUCGAAAGGGUUUAUGAUAUCGAUUUCGAAUUGGCCGAAAGGCUUCUAACCGAAGGUUACUUCUUUACCAGCAAAUUUGGAAAAACGUGUCCAGUUCAGAUAUACGAAGCAGAGAACACCAUCCAAAUGUACUUGCCGUUGGACGAAAAGAAUCAGAUAUUCCCGGUGACACACAGAGAUUACGUUUAUUUCUUAGCUGGAAGGCGGAACAGGGAUCUUUUCAGGAAAAAUCCUCGGAAAUACGUACAAAACAAUGACGUACGGUUUCCUCUCAUUCCAUUCAAAGUGGGUGUUAUAGGACCUCCAAAAUCAGGAAAAACAUCCUUGGCAAAAAGGUUCCGAAAAGAUCUAGGAUUGCUGAAUAUUACUAGAGGCGGUGCCAUCCGCUACGUCCUGAAAUAUUUGCCCAAUACCAAAUUGGCCAAAGAAACAGAUAAAAUUUUACGUAAAGGCUGGUAUUUACCUGACGAGAUGGUAAUGAAGUGUGUCAGCUCGUUAACUCUAAGUGGCAGAAGUUCCACGCAAGGUUUCAUUGUUGACGGCUUUCCAGAGCGCAUCGAAGAAGUCCACGAGAUGAUUAAAUACCAGUUGCUCCCGUACGUUUCUUUCGACAUGAUAUCUGACGAAGAGAAGAUGUUAGAAUUUAUGCAAGACGCGCCUCCUCCUCCGGGCAUUAUGCCAUGCAAUUAUUCGAAAAAGUUUAUGCUAUACCGUUAUAACGUUUGGAACGAAGGACAAAAGCAUUUCAGAAAUUGGCUUGACAAAGAGUACCAGAUUAUCGCCAAACUGGAAGUGAACAAAACAAUGUGGGGUAUAUGGGCAGAGGCAUUGCAAAUAGCCCUGUCGGUUUUGUACGAGGUGAAAAGUUAUUACAAAAACGCUGGUAGUGAUAUGGUCUUGCAUAUUGCCAACAUGUUGAUUUCCCAUUUGGAGUAUUUAGAACGGAAAAGGAACAGAUAUUGGAGCUACUGUCCCUGUUGUCUGUACUAUGACGACGCUUUGGUUACUGGAGGGGAACCCCCUGAUAGAACUGGUCUUGUACAGUACAAAGAACAUUUCUAUUGGCUAUGUCAAAGCCACAUGCAGGAGUUUAGGGGCAAUCCUAACAAGUUCUUGCCUCCAUAUAAUAGUAAAAUGAUUCCUCAAGAUCUGCCAGAACGGUUGCAUCUGACCGAAAAGCCUGACGAUUGCCAUGAGAACGGCAUUUGCAUAGUGUGCUAUUGGCUCAAUCUGCCAAAGAGAGUUCUCAUCGAAGGUUCUAUAGACUUUUGCGUAAAGUACAAGGAUGUCGUUUACCUUUUCGAUUCCGCCACGUGUAUGGAAAUUUUCAUGAAGCAUCCUCAAAAAUAUUUUAAUAAAACAGUAGUACCGACCAAUCAGUCUGCGAUAUCUCUUGACGCCAGAAGUUUGCCUGUUAUAGGCUAUUUAGAACAGUUUGUUGCCCCUCAAGUGUUCAGCGCACUGAAAGUCGUGAGCAGGCUGAGGCCUGUAGUCCCUGGGCUAAGUAUAUCGAUGUCAGCCGCCAUAUUCAUUGGCCUUUACUUGAAAGUGAACAACCAACUAAUUCCUGAUAAUUAUCGAGAAAGAUACGAGGAAGGUUUGGCGACGUAUCAAAAACGAAGGACUGACUUGAUUAAGUUCCUUGACGCGAUGAAGAAGCGACAUAAUCCUCAUUUGUAUUACGAGGAACCCAUUCCGAAAUUCGUGGAUCCGAUAUUGGACAAACCAUUGCAUCCUGCCAUUACUGCAAGAAAACAGGAACAAGUGACUGAAAUUUUAGAGCCAGAAUCAAUGAAAUCUUCGUUUACCGAAUCCGCAAUUCGCAUUCUGGAUAACAUUUUGGAUCAAAUUGACUAUAGUGGUUACGAUGGGAAAAUGGCUUGUGCACGUCGGGUCCCAGUUCCAGAUGAGAGAUUUGACUAUUUGUGCGAGUAUUUCAAACCUUUAAGUAAAGUGCCAGCUUUCCUGAAUGUCGUGGACAUUGCUGGUUUAGUAAAAGGGGCGUCUGAAGGACAAGGUCUUGGAAACGCAUUCCUUUCACACAUAAGCGCGUGCGACGCGAUAUUUCAUCUUUGCAGAGCUUUCGAAGAUGACGAUGUCACGCAUGUCGAAGGCGACGUUAAUCCUGUUAGAGAUUUGGACAUAAUCGCCGAAGAAUUGCGUUUGAAAGAUGAAGAGAUGCUUAUGAAAAAUUUGGAAAAGCUUGAGAGGACGGUUGUUAGAGGGGGUGAUAAGAAAGGGAAAGCCGAAUAUGAUUGUCUUGCUAAAAUUAAAACUGUUUUAUUGGAUGAAAAGAAGCACAUUCGCUUUGCUGAUUGGCACACUACUGAGAUAGAAAUACUAAACAAAUAUUUGUUUCUUACAACAAAGCCAGGCAUAUAUUUGGUCAAUUUGUCAGAAAAAGAUUAUAUAAGAAAGAAGAACAAAUGGUUGCCAAAAAUUAAGGAAUGGGUUGAUAAGAACGAUCCAGGUGCUACAAUUAUCCCCUUUUCUGGAGCAUUUGAACAAAAACUUUCGGAAAUGGAACCUCCUGAACGACAAAAAUAUCUAGAAGAAAACAAAUGCACUAGUGCAUUGGAUAAAAUCAUCGUCCAGGGUUAUAAAGCACUUCAGCUGGAAUAUUUCUUCACUUCUGGGCCAGAUGAAGUCAAAGCAUGGACAAUUCAGAAAGGCACGAAAGCGCCACAGGCGGCGGGAAAAAUCCACACCGAUUUCGAAAAGGGUUUCAUAAUGGCCGAAGUGAUGAAGUUCAAGGAUUUCAAGGAAGAAGGAACAGAGGCGGCGGUAAAAGCUGCCGGCAAAUACAGACAGCAAGGGCGCAAUUACGUCGUUGAAGAUGGUGACAUAAUUUUCUUCAAAUUUAACGCCGGUGCAGGGUUAAAAGACGCGAAGAAGAAAUGACUAAAGGUUUGGUUGCUAAUUAUUAUUUAUUUGUACAUGAACAUGAUCUUCUUUUCUGAGAGUGUUAAUUGUUAGGUUUGCGCAAGAUUCAUAUAAAUAAUUUUUCAUAAAUGUUAUACUUAUAUAACUCGUGCAAAACGUUUUCAAACAUCUCGACCAUCCCUUGUAGAUAUCAUUUUUCAAACAGGUGAGUCAAGUAGUACAGCUUUCUUUUAUAUUAAAAUCCAAAGUUAUCCAAGCAAAACGUUUUCCAACUUCUCGACCGUCCCUUGUAGAUAUCGUUUUUAAAAUUGCGGUAUACGAAGGUACGUCAGGAAGUUCAACUUUCUUUUCUAUUGAAAUUCAAAAUUAUCUAUGCAAAACGUUUUCCAAUGUCUGUACAGCCGCUUGUAGAUACCGUUUUUAAACAGCAGUAUACAAAGGUUGGUCAAGAAGUUUAACUUUCCUUAUUGAAAUUCGAAAUUAUCCAGCCAAAACGCUCUCCAACUUCCUGACCGUCCCUUGUAGAUACCUUUUUAAACAGCGAUAUACAAAGGUUGAUCAAGAAGUUUAACUUUCCUUAUUGAAAUUCGAAAUUAUCCAGGCAAAAUGAUCUCCAACUUCCUGACCGUCCCUUGUAGAUACCGUUUUUAAACAACGGUAUACAAAUGUUGUUCAAGAAGUUCAACUUUCCUUAUUAAAAUUCGAAAUUAUCCAGGUAAGACGCUCUCCAACUUCCUGACCGUCCCUUGUAGAUAACGUUUUUCAAAUAGCGUUAUACGAAGGUACGUCAGGAAGUUAAACUUUUCUAUUGAAAUUCAAAAUUAUCUAAGCAAAACGUUUUCCAGUGUCUGUACAGUCGCUUGUAGAUACCGUUUUUAAACAGAGGUAUACAAACGUUGGUCAAGAAAUUCAACUUUCCUUAUUGAAAUUCGAAAUUAUCCAGGAAAAACGCUCUCCAACUUCCUGACCGUUCCUUGUAGACACCUUUUUUAAACAGCGGUAUACAAAGGUUGGUCAAGAAGUUCAACUCAUUGAAAUUCGAAAUUAUCCAAAUAAAACGUUUUCCAACUCCUCGAUCGUUCCUUAUAUAUAGAUACGGAUUUUCAAACAGCUGUUAUACGAAGGUUGGUCAAGAAGUUAAUAUUCUUUUUUAUUAAAAUCCAAAAUAGGAAAAUACAUUCAAACAAAUUUUAAGACGACACUACUAAACAUUUAAAUGAUAAUUGUAUGAUAUAAUAAUACACUGCUUCAGAACAA